UUGAAAACACCAAACCAACAUGCGUUCAAUAAGGGCAUAUGAAAAGGAGAGAGAGCAGUAAACCUUAAUUUUAGUUCAAUCGGUUGCCAUAAUUUACAUUUUCAAUUUUGUGCUUUCAAGUUUCAACAACGUUUGAUCAUUUUACGAAAGUUUUUCCCUUUUAUGAUCGCUGCCAAACCUCCCUUCAAAAUCCAUUUAACCCUCUUUCCCAUUUUCCACCAUUUCAAUCUCCCUUCUCUGACAACAAUUCCUCUCUGAUUUCUUACCCUUCCCAGGAAAAAAAAAGAUUCCAUUUUUAUUCUCCCCCUUUUUCACUCUGUCUCUUGAAAUAGUGACAGUAAAAAAACGCUCAACAGCUUAACCCAAUUCCUAAAUUAGAUUGCGAUCAUGGAGGGUAGAAGGAGGGACAGUGAGAGAAGAUCACAAAACAGGAAACCGCCGCGCGGGUAUUGGCAGCCUACUGUACCUGUGUGGGAGAAAGAAUUCUGUAAAGUGGUUGGAUCAAUGGACUGGGAGACAUUGCUGGAAAUGAAGAGAUAUAUUCACUUAUACGAUAAUGUGUUGGAUUGGAACGACUCUGCAGGCGAGGAAGCAUUCAGCAAUUCCAAAAAACGAUACUGGGCUAAGAGAAAGGGCUUAUCCUGUGACAUAUCACUGCCUGAUCCCGAUCUUUACAUUGACAAGAUCAAUUGGGAUUCAGACAACGAUCCCAAGAUGCUGUUGUCAGAUGUCGAGAGCCUGGCUACGAGUCCCCAGACAGAGGAAGACCAUGAUCCUGUAGUGAUCUUUGGUGAUUAUGCUGCUCCGGAUCAUGUUUUGGCUACUGUAGGCUGGGGUGAUUUGGAAGAUAACUUAGUGGGCCCGGCCGCUUGUUCCUCUGCCAAUUAUGCUGAUCCGUGGAACGAGUGGUCAGGGUAUCAUAACGACGAUAUGUGGCAAUACAACACCAGGAGCGGGCAUAGAUACAUGCCACGGGCAGGUGACGGGAACAAUUGGAGUCGGAACUAUGCUAAUAAUCGUUAUAACUAUGUAGGAUCGAACACUAGAGACGCGAUGGGCGCUGGAACGAGAACCCAAUGACUGGAUUUGUGCGACUUGGGUGGUUGAAGCGAACGAGCGGAACGAAUAGCGAGGAUCAUGAUAAAGGGCACAAAAGAGUGGAAUUCGAAGUCGAUAACUGUUGGACAAACACGGUAAAUCGAGAGUGACAUGUCCCGGAGAAGGCACAGGCAUGUUGCUGCAACAUAUCAGAUUCAUCCCGGUCUGGUUUGGUCCCUGAACAGCGCUAGCAAUAGUAGCGAUGAAUUGUAAAUAUGAAUUUUGUGCAGCAUUUUGAGAUUUUUGUUUAGGCCGAGAUGUUACGUGUAGUCAACGGUUGGAGAAGAAAUUUUCGUAAUUUGAAUAAAAAUAUAUCAAUUGAAAUUCGAAA